UGGCUUCUGCCUUUUCGAUCCGAUUUGUUGUAUCUUCUCUAAUCUCUUCGUCUGAACUUCACAAAUCUUCGGGCUCGAGCGGCUGUUCUCCCGCGAAUCUUCUCCUUGUUCUUCAGCUUCGUUCGUAAUCUUACAUCUUCAUCCAUCCGAGCUACGGCCGUAUCGAUCCGAAGCACACAGCCAUUCGCAUUAGGGAGGAGGCAGCAUCUGUGUGAUUUUGGUGGUGGUGGUAUUUUCACGUAUCAGUGGGGAUAAGUAUUGAAGGAUAAGUUUGGAAAUGAGUUCAGAUAGCAGGAGUCGGAGCAGGAGCAGGAGCAGGAGCCCACUGGAUCGUAAGAUCCGGUCUGAUCGUUUUGCAUAUCGUGAUGCACCGUACAGGAGAGAGUCGCGUCGGGGUUUCAGUCGAGACAAUCUUUGCAAGAACUGCAAGCGGCCUGGCCAUUUUGCACGAGAAUGCCCCAAUGUGGCAAUCUGUCACAAUUGUGGUCUCCCUGGGCAUAUUGCUUCAGAGUGCACAACGAAAUCACUAUGUUGGAAUUGUCGAGAACCAGGUCACAUGGCAAAUAGCUGUCCCAAUGAAGGCAUCUGCCACACCUGUGGUAAGGCAGGACAUCGGGCUAGGGAAUGCACCGCUCCUCCGCUGCCACCGGGGGACUUGAGGCUGUGCAAUAAUUGCUAUAAGCAGGGUCAUAUAGCAGCUGACUGUACUAACGAGAAGGCCUGCAACAAUUGCAGGAAGACAGGCCAUCUUGCUCGCGAUUGUCCAAAUGACCCAAUUUGCAACUUGUGUAAUGUAUCCGGGCAUGUGGCCAGACAGUGUCCAAAAUCCAACAUCCUCAGUGACCGGGUAGACCGGGGCAUUGGCAGUGGCGGUGGCAGUGUGCGUGGCGGCAGCGGUGGUGGUUAUCGGGACGUUGUGUGCAGGAACUGCCAGCAGCUUGGCCAUAUGAGCAGGGAUUGCAUGGGCCCCUUGAUGAUCUGCCAUAACUGCGGGGGACGCGGGCACCUAGCGUACGAAUGCCCUUCUGGUCGGUUUAUGGAGCGCUAUCCCAGGAGGUACUGAUGAUCAAAAGAGCUAAUCGUAUGUCUUUGACAUGGUUAGACCUUCGGAUUUUGCUUCGAGUUUAGACGAGUGGGUAACUAAACUCUAGAGAAUUACUCUACUUGCUUAUUGUAGUAUUUGCUCAUGUUAUUAUUGAACAUUUGUUUUGCGGUCUCAACCGAUGAAUUUUUAGUAUUAUUAUUGUUGAUCAUGGUUCUAUAUAAUAAGACUUCCUAUCAA